AUGUCAGACACUAGUAGUGUUCCUUCAGAUAUAGCAUCCAUAUCGGCAUCUACUCCUGCAAUGUCAGCCACUAGUACUGUUCCUUCAGAUAUAGCAUCCAUAUCAGUAUCCACUCCUGUAAUGUCAGCCAAUAGUAGAGUUCCUUCAGAUAUAGCAUCCAUAUCAGUAUCUACUCCUGAAAUGUCAGCAAAAAGUAGGGUUCUUUCAGAUAUAGCAUCCAUAUCAGCAUCCACUCCUGCAAUGUCAGCCACUAGUACAGUUCCUUCAGAUAUAACAUCCAUAUCAGUAUCCACUCCUGCAAUGUCAGUGACAAGUAGGGUUCUUUCAGAUAUAGCAUCCAUAUCAGCAUCCACUCCUGCAAUGUCAGCCACUAGUACUGUUCCUUCAGAUAUAACAUCCACAUCAGUAUCCACUCCUGCAAUGUCAGCGACAAGUAGGGUUCUUUCAGAUAUAGCAUCCAUAACAGUAUCCACUCCUGCAAUGUCAGCCACUAGUACUGUUCCUUCAGAUAUAGCAUCCAUAUCAGCAUCCACUCCUGCAAUGUCAGCCACUAGUACUGUUCCUUCAGAUAUAACAUCCAUAUCAGUAUCCACUCCUGCAAUGUCAGCGACAAGUAGGGUUCUUUCAGAUAUAGCAUCCAUAUCAGUAUCCACUCCUGCAAUGCCAGCCAAUAGUACUGUUCCUUCAGAUAUAGCAUCCAUAUCAGCAUCCACUCCUGCAAUGUCAGCCACUAGUAUUGUUCCUUCAGAUAUAGCAUCCAUAUCAGUAUCCACUCCUGCAAUGUCAGCGACAAGUAGGGUUCUUUCAGAUAUAGUAUCCAUAUCAGCAUCCACUCCUGCAAUGUCAGCCACUAGUACAUUUCCUUCAGAUAUAACAUCCAUAUCAGUAUCCACUCCUGCAAUGUCAGCGACAAGUACUCCUGCAAUGGUUCUUUCAGAUAUAGCAUCCAUAUCAGCAUCCACUCCUGCAAUGUCAGCCACUAGUACUGUUCCUUCAGAUAUAGCAUCCAUAUCAGCAUCCACUCCUGCAAUGUCAGCCACUAGUACUGUUCCUUCAGAUAUAACAUCCAUAUCAGUAUCCACUCCUGCAAUGUCAGCGACAAGUAGGGUUCUUUCAGAUAUAGCAUCCAUAUCAGCAUCCACUCCUGCAAUGUCAGCCACUAGUACUGUUCCUUCAGAUAUAGCAUCCAUAUCAGCAUCCACUCCUGCAAUGUCAGCCACUAGUACUGUUCCUUCAGAUAUAACAUCCAUAUCAGUAUCCCUCCUGCAAUGUCAGCGACAAGUAGGGUUCUUUCAGAUAUAG